ACACAUAACAAAAACAAAAGCAAACACGGAUUCACAGAACACAAGCUCCCGACACUACAGCGCCUCAAGAUUUUUUUAGUAUUCAGAUUAUUCCUUUUCUUUCCUUUCACAUUAUUAUCCUUCCAUCUAACAAACGAAGCUGUGUUCAGCUUUUGUUCCCUCGAUUCACGAACCGAAGUGUACUUGAUUGCUCAUUAGAGCACAAACAUAACACGUUCUGCUUUCAAUUUUGAGGCUAACAGGCUCAGGGCCUAAGGCAGGUUCCCAGUCACUUUGAUAUCAUGGAAUCCCCACAAUCUGUUGUGUCACCAUUCAAGAGCACUGUCUUUGGUGAAGGCGAGAAGUAUAAGUCUGAUGUUUUCACACGAAGCUCGGGUUCCUUGUCUAAAGACAUUGAAGCCAAUGGAAAUAAAGCUGCGGUGUCCAAUCCAGAGGAAUUCAUUGGUGCUGUUGAUGUUUACAUACAUCAGGCCAGGGACAUUCAUAACAUCUGCAUAUACCACAAGCAAGAUGUUUAUGCUAAAAUUUGCUUGACUAAUAAUCCUGACAAUACUGUCUCUACCAAGAUUAUCAAUGGAGGAGGAAGGAACCCUGUCUUUAAUGAGAAUCUUCGUCUAAGUGUUAAGACCGUUGAAUCUUCUGUUAAAUGUGAGAUUUGGAUGCUUAGCAGGGUGAAGAAUUAUCUUGAAGAUCAGUUGCUUGGUUUUGCUUUGGUGCCUUUGUCUGAAGUACUGGUGAAGGAUGGCAAACUAGAGAAAGAGUUCUCUCUUUCUUCAACUGAUCUAUUCCAUUCCCCAGCAGGUUUUGUUCACUUGUCUCUUUCUUACACCGGUGCUUCUCCCGAUGUUAUGGCAAUUUCUGCAAUGCCUACUGAGUUGGCUACCAAUGGCACCGAGAAGGACUCUGAAUCAUGCGAGUCACUGGUCAGAGAUUUAGACAAAAUUGAAUUCCCGGAUCCAAAAAUUGUAAAUGAAGACCACUUGAUGGUUUCAGAAUAUUUUGGCAUUCCAUGUGAUGAGAGCGAUAGCUUGGCCACUACUGAUACUGAAAAUCUUAGUUCUGAAGCUGGUGUUCAACUUGUGGAAAGCUUCUCAGCAUGCAGUGUUGAAUCUGUCCAACCUCCUAAGGCUGAUUCUCCACCCAGCAGUGUGUCAACAAAUGGAGUUUCAUCUCCUUCAGUGGCUGCAAGCUCAGAGUCACCUGAUGCUACUGCUUCCAAGUCUACCAAUCAGGAACAAGUUUCAGGCACCAAAGCGAAAAGUGGUGAUGUCAAAGAUGGUGAGAGUGAUUCCUCAAAUGGGGUGCUGAAUGAUUCAUUUCCAAAGCCAGUUGUGACUGUGAACAUUGAGUCUGAGCCAAAUGUGGUGCAACAGGAUAUAGUAGACAUGUACAUGAAAAGCAUGCAGCAAUUCACUGAGUCAUUAGCAAAAAUGAAGCUUCCUAUGGAUUUUGAAAGCGGACCAACUAGUUCAGGAAACUCAAGCUCUGAACAGAAACUACAGACAUCAAAGAGCACUAACUCCCGUGUGUUCUAUGGGAGCAGAGCUUUCUUCUGAGCUUUCGGUUCCACAGGUCAAGGCAGUACCUUCAAGUGACUUAGAUUUUAGAGUGAAAACUGAUAUCAGUAGUGAAAUGAAAUAAUGUACUAUCCAGUGUGAUUCUCUUGUGUACUUCUUGAUCCCUUAGAGGCAAACAGGGAAUCUUAACUUUGUACUCUCACAGGCUUGGUCCUAUGUUAACUGCUACAUGAACUUUUUCUGUCUUAAUCUUAUUUCCUUGUGUUUCUUUUUGUUCUGAAUGUCAAUAUUUGUGAAAUUG